AGAAUUCUAGAAAAGAAGCAGCCGGGUGGAGAGACCAUCGAGCUGACAGAAGAGGGACGGCCUGUUGAAGUGUCCGAGAAGGCCCAGCCCAUCGUAGACUGCACCUGCUUUGGCCUCCCUCGCCGUUACAUCAUUGCCAUCCUCUGCGGUCUGGGUUUCUGCAUCAGCUUUGGCAUCCGAUGCAACCUGGGCGUGGCCAUUGUCAGUAUGGUUAAUAAUAAUACCGUCUACGAAGGGGAUAAAGUCAUUGUGAAGAAAGCUGAGUUCAACUGGGAUCCAGAGACAGUAGGCAUGAUCCACGGGUCAUUCUUCUGGGGUUACAUCGUCACCCAGAUCCCAGGGGGGUUCAUAUCACAGAAAUUUGCAGCUAACAGGGUUUUUGGCUUUGCCAUUGUGGCAACCUCUACUUUGAACAUGCUCAUUCCCUCAGCUGCUCGGGUCCAUUUUGGCUGUGUAAUCUUUGUGAGGAUCUUACAAGGGCUUGUUGAGGGAGUCACAUACCCAGCAUGCCAUGGUAUCUGGAGCAAAUGGGCACCUCCUUUGGAACGUAGUCGCCUGGCCACAACAGCUUUCUGUGGUUCUUAUGCUGGGGCAGUGGUGGCCAUGCCUCUUGCUGGGAUACUAGUUCAAUAUUCAGGAUGGAGCUCUGUAUUCUACGUAUAUGGGAGCUUUGGUAUUUUCUGGUAUUUAUUCUGGCUGAUGGUUUCCUAUGAGAGUCCUGCACAGCACCCCACCAUCACGGAGGAAGAAAAGAAGUAUAUAGAGGAAAGCAUUGGAGAGAGCGCCAGCCUUAUGAAUCCCCUUUUGAAAUUCAAAGCUCCAUGGCGUAAGUUCUUCACAUCCAUGCCGGUUUAUGCCAUCAUUGUAGCCAAUUUUUGCCGAAGCUGGACAUUUUAUUUACUUUUAAUCAGCCAGCCAGCCUAUUUUGAAGAAGUCUUUGGCUUUGAAAUCAGUAAGGUGGGGAUGCUUUCUGCUUUGCCCCACUUGGUUAUGACCAUCAUUGUACCCAUUGGAGGCCAAAUCGCUGACUUCUUGCGCUCACGAAGAAUUAUGUCUACCACCAACGUCCGCAAGAUGAUGAACUGUGGGGGGUUCGGCAUGGAAGCCACGUUGCUCUUAGUAGUUGGUUAUUCCCACAGCAAAGGGAUGGCGAUUUCUUUUCUAGUCCUGGCUGUGGGCUUCAGUGGCUUUGCUAUUUCAGGAUUCAAUGUCAAUCAUUUAGAUAUUGCUCCUCGAUAUGCCAGUAUCUUGAUGGGCAUCUCCAAUGGUGUGGGGACCCUAUCAGGUAUGGUGUGCCCACUCAUUGUCGGAGCAAUGACUAAACACAAGACACGAGAAGAAUGGCAGUAUGUUUUCCUCAUUGCCUCUCUAGUACAUUAUGGUGGUGUCAUCUUCUACGGGAUUUUUGCUUCUGGGGAGAAGCAGCCCUGGGCUGAGCCAGAAGAAUUGACUGAAGAGAAAUGUGGCUUCAUCAACGAAGAUGAAUUAGCUGACGAGGAAGAUGAAGCUGCCCGCAUGGGAGCAGGGGCAGGGAGUGGUGGCUAUGGGGCCACUAAAAGUACCAGUUUUGCCAAUGGAGGUUGGACGGCUGACUGGGACAAAAAGGAGGAAUAUAUACAGGAGCCUGGGAAAGAUUCCUAUAUGUAUGGCGUGCCAGAACAACGGGACUUGUCAUAGAGAACCCCAUUCUCUACCCUCAUGUGAUGAUGGAGCCUUAGUUAUAAUCCAAUGGAGUGAGGAAAAGGCUUCUUGUUCAGCCUUCUUCUCUAUCUUCCAUUACUUUACCAUCCUAUCCUACAACCUCCAUCCCAUUUCUGGUGUGUUGGCAACCAGUGUCUGGUUGACCCAUUGAAAAUUGCCCUUCCCAGCGGUUUGCUACACCUCAGUAAUGAUCCACAGGCACUUACUUUCAAGUGCUUUAUUUUACCCUUCGUUGUCUACCGGCCACUCUAUCUCCACAUUGUCCAUUCCUGCUGAAGGCUGAUGUUAAAGGGGUUGAGUUAAAUCCUAUACACCCAUUGCUCCUGAUUCUACCCAACAGUCCUUGACUGAAAAGCUUUGGGGUCACAGCAAAGACACUGCAACAUCCUCUAUUGAGUAUGAAAUGAAAACACAGUUUAUGAAUAGACCGCAACCUUCACAUGCAUAAUACCCCAGGUUCAAUCCCUAGGCCCGUGAUGGCGAACCUAUGUCACACAUGCCCGAGGUGGCAGGCAGAACCAUCUUUCUGGGCACAUGAGCUGUUGCCCAACUCAUCUGCAGCUGUGCAUGUGCAAGUGGUCCAGCUGGUGUUUGUGCCACCGGUGUGCAUGCAUGCAAUUCAGGAGACCCAGCUGGUCUUCGGUGCUCUCCUGUACAUGCACAUGCAUUUUGCAUGUGCGUGACAGUACCUGCGAGCAGCAUGUGCAGAUGGUGUUCACACAUGUGCAUUGUGUGCACAAAAACCACAUGCUUGUGCAAAUGGUGCAAUUAUGCACGCAGUGCACAGGGGAGCCACAUGAAACUUGUGUGCAUGUGCAGAUGAUGCAAUCGUGCAUUCAGCACAUGGGGAGCCAUGCUAAAGCCUCGCACACGCACAGAUGGUAUGAUUGCACAUGCAGCACACGGGAGAGGAGGUGCACAUUAGUGCAGAUAGCGUGCACAAAGCGUGUACCUGUUUUGACUCAGUGAGUAAAAGGUUCGCCACCACUGCCCUAGGUCAAGUGGACCAUAGGAAAAAAGUUGAUAUUUUGGUUUCCCCUCAGGACCUCAUAAUUAGGAAGUGGCUUGGCACCAACUCCAGCUUUUUAGUCUCUUACUUGGGUAGCCUUGUUCCGCAUCUCAUCUUUUGCCUUAGACCUUUCUGAUUCUUAGAAAUAAAAUAGACGUGUCUCCCUCAACAUCUUAUGCCUUUAGUACCUAUGCACCAACCAUCAUCCUGAACUGAAGAUGGGGGAAGCCAUUCACAGUGGCCCUUCGGAUAACUACUUGCUCCCAUAUUUUAA